CACCGCCGCCACCAGCUGCUCUAGGAAGGAAAGGUGUGUGGAGAAAGGAAAGCGAAGGCGGCAAUAUGAAGCUGUCUGGGCCAAAGCCUCCCAGAGGGAUCCUACCUCGGGUUUCAUUUCAUGAAAUAUUCAGUGAGUGCUUUCCUGCUCCUAUGAGUGGCAGAGGCUGGCCUUCCUUCCCGGGCCUUUCUCACCGGGUACACGUCCUGGGCCCUGAUCUCUCCAUGCCGCUCCUGUCCUGGUGCUGCUGUUACUGUGUCUUUGCCUUUUGCUCCCCUCUCUCUCCAUCUGUGUCCCGAGGUCUCCCUCUCCCACCUCCAUGUCCGCCUCUCUCCCUGCCACCGUCCGCCCUGCCCACAAGGUGAAGGGUCUCCCGUUUGGGAGCACCCCAGGGGCUUGGGCCUGUGUGCCUCUCUUUUGCUUUGCCCUCCAGAGCGCCACGUGCCUGAGCAAGGAGAAUCCUCGGGACUGUGGGGACCAGAUGCCUUGUGCAGAAGCGCCAGACCGACCAGGGUGCCCAGAGGGUGGGCUCUGUCCUGACUCACCACCUGCCCCCUGUCCCCCUGGAACUUUCUUCUCUGGAGCAAGUCCCCUUAAUGCCUCUCUCUGUCACCUCUGUCCUCGGGGAUUCUUCAACCCCUGGCCUGGCCAGAUUGCCUGUUUCCCCUGUGGCUCAGAGGCCACCCAGCCAGAGGAAGGCAAAGACACAUGUAUAUGCUCGGGGAUGGGCCGAGUGUUCCAGGUAUGUCCUCGGGCAGGGGUCCAGGGACAGGCUGCAUUUGCAGAACUCUUGUUCUUGAGUCAAGUUCCGCUCAGGUGUAAGCUGACCGGGUUGGUUCAGAUUUCCAAGUGACUUGGGGAUAGAGUUGCCACGUAAAAUACAGGGUGCUCAGUUAAGCUUGAAAUUCACAUAAAUUAUGGAUACGUUUUUAGGAUAAGGAUAUCUCAAAUCUUGAAUGGGACCUACUUAUACUGAAAAAGCAUUCAUUGUAUACCUGAAAUUCGAAUGAUCUGAGUGCUGUGCAUUUUUAUUUGCUAAAUCUGACAACUCUACUCAGAGGAAAGGACAGACUUUUGGUUGUGCUCCACAAUGAUCACUCCCAAAAUACACCCCAGGCCCAAGCCCUUCCAAUUCAGACUUGCCCUAGAAACCAACAAAUAUGCAUGUGGAUUCUUCCUUUCCUGAACAGCUUACAUUUUUCUCACUGAAAUGAUAGCACAGCGGGAGCCCAGCCACCAUGUGCCAGUAAUUUCCCCUUUGAUAGGAUUUUUCUCCACCCUGACUGGCCCUCCCCACUCUUAUGCUCUGGCCCCUCUUAGGCAGGGUCACAGCCAAAGAAUCACGUGUGGUUCACGACAGCCAAGUACUACCAGCCAACCUGAAAUUGCAUUUCCUCCCUACAUCACUCCCCAGCCCAGUGACGGGCGGUGCACCUGCCUCCCGGGCCACCAAGAUGUUGGAGAGCCAAGGGGCUGCAUCCAGCGGGAAUACAGGAGCUGCAAGGCUGGGGCCACCCGGAACCAGGAGGGGCUCUGUUUGACCAAGGAUCAGUGGACUGACCACUGUGCCCAGGAGGUAUGUGCCACACCAGAAGAUGCCCGUGGCUAUGACCGAGGCCUGGGGCUCUGCCUGUGCUUGGGACAGCACUCCAGUGAAAUGUGUGGUCCCCUGUGCCCAAAGAGACAGAGCCACAUCCUGCAGCUCAGCUGUCUCGAGGGCAUCCCACAGAUUUCCAUCACCGAAGACACGGGAAGCCAGGUACGGUGCCCCAAGAUCCAAGCCAUGCCAAGCCGGGCCCGCUGUGGAGAGCCACAGGCUGGGCACCUGCAGCCUCUGUCUCCUUCCUAA